GGUCAGAGCACGAAAACGAUUUUUGAAGUCGGUCGCAUGUCUGAUCAUCAUCCACAUCCUUUUCCAUAAUUUUCUGAAAUUCCUAUAAUUGAAAAAGCCUGAAUUUUUCGUGAAUUAGAUCCCUCACGUGAUUUAAUGUCGAUUGCUAAAUUAACUCGGUAUUUUCCGCUUUUCUUAGAUUAACCUCGACGUCUCGCUUCUUGCCACCUUUCCCAAUCUUUCCGGACUCGUGGAGCGUGUGCAAGUCAACAUUAAAAAUCAAAAAAUUUCACGAGAUUUCUCUACAGCUUGGAUCGAGGUUCAAUUUCCAAGACAAUAAACGCUAUCAGGUUUAGCUUACAGAAUGGCUCGAGGACAACAAAAGAUCCAAUCGCAGGCCAAGGCAGCCGAAAAGGCGGCGAAAGUGAAAAAACAGCAGGGCCACAGUGCAACUGACCAGAAGAAAGCGGCACAGAAAGCGCUCGUUCAUGUCUGCAGUGUUUGCAAGGCACAAAUGCCAGAUCCAAAGACGUAUAAGCAGCACUUUGAAAACAAGCAUCCCAAGAAUGACUUGCCGGACGAUUUGAAGAAUAUAUGAGGAUAGAGCCUCUGACUCAAUUGAAGCAAAACAGGCGUGUAAAAAAAAUAAUGAGAUAAGAAUGCCAGUUCAUGCGAGUAACUGACAAAAGUGUGAUCUAGUGAUUAAUCAUCUUUAAACAGAAAAAUAAAUUCCAAUACUGCUUCCGCAGAAGCUUCGAAAAUUUUGUCGCACUCCAAGAUUAAAUUCUCGUGCACGACCCUCAAAUCGCAAAGGAAAAAUAUUCUCGCGUGAAUGAAUUAUUAUUUAUUUGUUUCUUGAAUCGACAAGGGCAGCUUAUUCCUCUUUUUCUUUUUUUUUUCACCGUAACGAAGUUGUUCGCAUGAACGGAUACUGUAUUUUGCUGAGUGAAAUUAGUGAAAAUUUAUGCAGAAAUUCCGAAAGGACUUAACCAAUAAGUAACGAAUAGUAGGUAAAUGAAUUGAGCAACUUGACUGAAUACCUGAAGACGUAGUGACUGUUUAAAGGAAAAAUGUUACACCGGAGUUGUCCCAUCAAACUGGUUGCAUAUACCCAUAGCUUUUUACAUUUUACGCCUUUGAAAUGCGGACUUUGAAAUUCGCGUUUGUUCGCUUACAGAUCUCUACGUUUGUCAAAACGGAUGCCUAUUUGCGUAUAAAUAUUGCCAGGCUGGGAUUUUACAAAUCACUUUUUAAGGAUUUGUAUUCCUCUAUUGUCGAUUUUCGAACUGUUUAAAGUUUAAACUACUGCCACAUUCGCUAGAUCUGUAAUAACUUUCUCUUUCGCAUACUCUGCUUAUCUCUGCUUUUCUUUCUAUUUCUACUUAGGAUACUUUUUUUCUAUAAAGAGAUUGACACAAGUGCUCAAGCUGAAGUAACACAGAAAUUUUCUUUUUUUUUUGUUUGUUUAAAUUUGUUUUAGUUGUGUUGUUUAUUUGAGGGAAGUGACGAAUUUAAUUCAUCGUUUAUAUUCGUAGGAAAAGCAAAUAGUACUUAAUAAGUUGACAACUAAUGAUUUUUUUGUUGAAUUUCUGUGAAUUACUUUUACAGUAUUAACUACAGAGACACCGAGUUUAAAAUCUAAAUUUCUUAGAUCUCGUAGAUAACUUCGCGAUUACACAGUUUAGAAUGAAUAUCUUAGAACUUCAUUAGCUUGGUAAGGUCGACGAAACUUUCUAAUAAAAUAUUUACCUGUGGGUUGAUUAUAUGCAUCAUGUACCUUGUGCUGCUCUAAUUAUAGAAUUUUACACCAG